UUCAGCAGGGUCUCUCCUGGUCUCCAACAUGGCUGGUACUAAGUUUGUUCCGGAGGGGCGAGCGAGUGUUUACAGCUUUGUCCUGGGUCUCGGUGCGGUCUGCAUCCCGCUGCUGUCCGCUGCCGGCUCAGACAUUGCGUGGGUACAGACCCUACUCCCCGGAAUACGCACUAAAAUAGCAAUCGCUGUGUAUGUCGCGUCGGUGAAUGGACUGUUGCUAGUCCUGUACAAGGGACCGGUCUACCAGGUUGCAGUGCGAGCCUGCUUCCUGGGGUUUGCCUUCGGCUGUGGUCUGCUGGUGAGCUUCAGCAAGACAUCGUGGGGACCCUUCGGCUGGUACAUGUGCUCGCUGUCUUUCUUUCACUACUCGGAGUACCUGGUGACAGCGAUCAUCAACCCGCGCAGCCUCUCCCUCGACUCCUUCCUCCUCAACCACAGCCUGGAGUACAAAGUGGCAGCCGUGUCGUCCUGGGUGGAGUUCACUGUGGAGAAACUGCUCUUCCCAGAGCUGAAGCCUCUUGCCUGGCUCAGCGCGCUGGGGCUGCUCAUGGUGCUGAUCGGGGAGUGCCUGCGCAAGUCUGCCAUGCUCACCGCCGGCUCCAACUUCAACCACAUCGUCCAGAAUGAGAAGGCGCAGAGCCACGUGCUGGUGACCGCCGGAGUCUACUCCUGGUUCAGGCACCCCUCCUACGUGGGCUGGUUCUACUGGAGCAUCGGCACGCAGGUGCUGCUGUGUAACCCGCUGUGCGUGCUGGGAUACGCCCUGGCCUCCUGGAGGUUCUUCCGGGAGCGCAUCGAGGAAGAGGAGAUCACGCUCAUCCACUUCUUCGGAGAGGACUAUCUGGAGUAUAAGAGCAAGGUCCCCACGGGCCUGCCCUUCAUCACAGGAAUCAAGAUGGAGCCCUAAACACAGAACCCCCCCCCCCCACCUCCCACCCGCUCACCCGACCCCGCAUACCCCACCCCUGCAUCCUAAACAAACCGCCCUCCUCACCUUCACUCCCCUGGGGACGCACACCUCACCGAAGGCUUCUGAAGUGCGUAAUGAAUUUCAGUUGAAGGGGUGGGGGAAGGCACUGACUGGGAGGUUUGGUGACCUCCUCAGGGAAGGGUCAGUUAAAACCCCUUUUUUGCCUCUGGGAUCCCCUGUCACUGAAGGCUGCAGAGUGCGCAUCAGGACUCGUCCCUUUACUUCAUCUCAGAGCACGGUCGCCAGUGGCAGCUGGGUUUGCUUUGGUUGCUUUGCCGGUUAUUCGUUGUCUUGUUGUUGCUUGGUUUCUGGACAGGGAGCUUUGUUGAAUGAACUGCAGGUCGAGGGGGUUAAUGAUUUGGGGAAUAAAUCUACAAGGGCUCAGUGGAGUUGAGAGGCGGUGUUUGAAUCGUGGUCCAUGGCAGAGAGUCUCUUCACAUGUCCACAGCUCUGCGUUGAGUACUGUGUUCAGCUGUUGUGUUUUGAGAAAGCCCAAAGCUUGCUUACAAAAUGUUCCACCCAACACACACACAGAGACAGACAGACACAGACAGACACAGACACACACACAGAGACAGACAGACACACACACAGAGACAGACAGACACAGAGACACACACAGACACACACAGACAGACACACACACAGGCACAGAGACAGACACACAGACACAGACAGACACAGACACACACACAGAGACAGACAGACACACACACAGAGACAGACAGACAGACAGACAGAGUAUUUCUUAUACCUGAUAAUGUCCCCAUUUUGGCUGACAGUAAUGUUCUCUCUUGCUGUAUUAUUUAUUUUGAUUAAAAUAAGGCAGGAACCCAGGCCUGUGGGGAUGUUUUGUAGCUUCUUGUUUUAUUGUUUAGUAAAAGCUCGCUUCAAAAGGAGUUUGUGUUCAAACCAAAUCAGCUUGCUUGAAGAAAUGCAAACUCUUAUUUUUAUUUUUCUUUGCAGUGUAACCUGCACGACCACAAUGCAAACCUUUGUCAUGGACUCAGAAUGUGCAACACUUUAAGAACAGACGACCAGUUUGUUGGAGAUGUUUUUUAAUGAAUCAGGUUUUGAAAAGCCAUCUGUUGCGUACAGCGUUCCUCCCAGUGUUAAUACAUUGCAAAGUGUCACGUGUCAUUCAUCAUUUAAAAACCCAGGUGUGAUUGUAAAUAUUGACUGUAUUGGGAAGAGUUAAAUUAUCCUUUUCUAUUGUAUUUUAAUAUAAUUAAGAGAUCCAGACUCUGGCGGAGGAGGGGAUAUGCAAAUAAAGUGCUUGCAUUACUAAAUUCUUUUUUUUUUUUUUUCUUUGAGCAUUCCUAGUUUUCACAAUUGGCCGAAACCCCUUUUCAAGUCCCUGUGUUCCAGGGAUGGAAAUAAGACUCCCGUUGCAUAGCAGUUUGAUCCAUUCCUGGCUUCACAUUAAAUUCUUCAUAUAAUUAUUAAUGACCACAGACCCUGGACUGCAAUUGAAACUGAAACAGGUUGGAAUGAAAACCUGGACCGGAAUCUGGUUUUGGUGCCGGAUGCGGAGUUUGUGCUGUAGAGCAAUGUUUCUCAAUCCUGGUCCUCGGGGGGACCUCCAUGUAUUCUGGUUUUCAUUCCAAUUGAGCUCUCAGUUACUUAACUAAACCUUUAACUAACAAUUAGCUCAGUUGUUUUCAGCUCUUAUAAAGAGUUGGAGAUUUCAAGUUAACUGUAACAUCGUAGAAAUAACUUAAUCUGCAACGUGUUAGGAUCUGAGAACAGUUAAAAAGAUCGAAUUAAGCUAAUUGUUAGUUCAGUUGAGGCUUUAGUUAAGUAAUCCAGAGCUCAGUUGGAAUGAGAAGAGGGGGUUCGAGGCCGUGGUUGAGAGUCACUGCUGUAGAGUGUGCUGGUGUCUGCCUGCCUGCCUGCCUGUCUGUGUGUUUAUGUAUAUGGUUUGGUAUUGAAACAGAUUUGCAUGCUCCAGUGCAUGUGCGGGACAGGAACCACUGGUUCAAGGGUGCCAUCUAGGGGCAGGGCAGUAUUUGUGAUUUCUGAAAAAGGCUUUAAUGUCACGGUCACUUUGAUUAAAUCCAAAUUUGAAGAACA